GGGCCUCCAGAAUCUGUACCCGAAGCCUUAUCGAUACGACAUGUUGAUGUUGUUGGAGAGAAGUCAAAGCAAAAAGACACUGAGAAGGACAUCGUCGUCGUUCUGCUUGAAUCACCAUAUGAUAGACGUGUUAAUAAUGUUUUCGUAGGUUUGUACAAUAGGUAGGUGUCUUUAUCGUGGUUGUCGUAAGUUAUGUAUGUAUAACUGGUUGUCAUUGGUACCAAAAUUAUGAGAAGUUGUCACGAAAAUUCGCGGUUCGCCAGCCCCAGCUUCACUUUAAACACACUUGACUUCAAACUUUAGACUUCGCUCAGACUUCUGCUGACAGGACAACAACUCAAUUUGAUGACAGGCAGUACAACAGAGAACAGAACAAUGCCAUAUUCCAUAUGAUUGUAUUCACAUAAUCACAUUCACCAUUUUGGAUCUCGGGGACAAUCAAUCGAAUUUGUUACUAUCACUCCAUUACUUGAUCUUUAUCCUCAAUCCGCUAUCAACAAACAAUGCGAUAGAUAGCAAAAUGGCAUCUUCUUCGCCCACCAAAGACGCUUUUCAAUUUCCGACAUUGGCCCCUCCAAAUCAUUCUUCACUCAAUCCACCAGCAUCUCCCCGCCGAGCUUUGCGAAGAUUACAGUCCGCGCACACUCUAGGUUCAUCAUUCAAUCAACCAUCCCUGAUCUCACAGCAACACAAGCAAGCUUUGCAAAAGAUCAUUCCGCCCGUGCCAAAAGAUGCGGCACAAUCUUCAACUACAACUCAUUCCAGAGCAAGAUCCAAUAGCGAUGUAACGAACAUAGUCCCAGUCCCAACUUCUUCGAUGAGGCGCCCUACAUCAAACAGAAAACUUACCGCGACAGAAAGUAUGUCGCUGGAUCGUCUACUUAGAGACGGCCCCCCCGAUGGAGAUAUAAUUGGAAGUUUGGAGAGUAUGAGAUUGAAGAUAUUGGAUCAAGGUGUUAAGAGUGAUAGCGAUGGAAUGUCCUCUUUGCGCAUUUACAUCUGGCUUAUAUUACUCAAUGCACCUACCCUUGAAACCGACGCAUAUCUAUCUCUAAUUCAUCGCGGCGCAUCUCCUGCAUAUUCCAAGAUUCGAAAUGAUACCUUUCGAACUCUAGCCACCGAUCCUCUUUUUCGACGUCGAGUUAGUGAAGCAAGCUUAAUCCGACUUUUAAAUGCAGUAGCAUGGAGAUUACACGAUGCGAAAGAGGCGCGAGCAGAGUACCGAAAUAUACAGAAUAGACAGAUUAUGGAGGCGGCUAUUCAAGGUUCUCCAGAACGAAAUCCAUCAUCGCCAAGUAUGAGGUCUAGAGCUCGUGCGCUGACUUUGACAACGGAAGGUUCUGAUGUCGGGGCUGGAGAACCGGGUACAUACGUUCAAGGAAUGAAUGUGCUCGCUGCACCAUUUCUCUACGCUGCUCGAAGUGAGUCUGAAGCAUUUGCUGCUUUUCAUCGCUUCAUAACAACCGAAGUUCCUGGUUAUGUGAGAGGCGCAAUGGAUGGUGUUCACAAGGGACUCGCAUUAGUGGAUAAAGUGCUAGCUAUUGUUGAUCCAAAAUUGAGUCUUUAUCUGAUUGGAAAGGGCAUGAGUGCAGAAAUUUAUGCUUUCCCUUCAGUACUCACUCUAUGCGCAUGUACCCCUCCGUUACCUGAGGUACUUCGUCUUUGGGAUUUCUUAUUUGCGUAUGGUGCUCAUCUCAAUAUUCUUUGUAUUGUGGCACAACUUGUUAUUCUCAGGCAUUCAAUAAUGAGUUCUCCCAGUCCUACGAAAAUCCUUAGAUCUUUCCCGCCUUUACAAGCGGAUACGAUUAAAGAAGUUACACUUACUAUCAUCAAGAAAAUUCCAGAUGAUGUUUAUGCGGAAAUUGUUUCGCAUGCUAAAUAGUUUAUUGACAUGCAUGGCUGGCGGGCGUUGCACCUUGGAUUGGAUGACAAAAGUGAAAGUUUGAGAUGAACUGAAUGGUUGCUAUACCUAUGUACGAAUGAUAUCAUGAUACAGUUUUGUUUGGAGAAGAAAAUGAUCAAUUGGUUAUAUUGGAUUGCAUGAGGUCGGGUUGGGGCUAAUUGGUCUGGGGAGGGUCUGGAUUGGAUGGAUGGGUAUGAAUAUGAAGAUUGAUAUGGAUAUGAAUUAAUGAUAUUAGGGGAAAGUAAUUUCUUUUUUUUUUCAAGUAUAAGCUUGAGUGUAAUAUAUUUAUCUGUAUACCUACCCCUGUUUGAAAUCUUUGUGGUUUGGUCGUCUUCGUUUUUCCAAAGUUUGGGUUCCUAUUCCUUGCGACUAUGAGAAUAUAUGUAUGGCAUAUGGUGUAUAGUUGAUUGUCUGCAUUAAUAAGGAUAUUUGUUCAAUGAAUA